AGCGGCGAGAGCUCCGGUUACUGUAAUUAAAUUAUUAGCAACAUUAGCUAAGCAUUGUGUCUUAUUAGCUAGUUAACUAAUUAUUUCUAAAAUUUAUAAUAAUAAGCCGGCAUCUGUUCUAAAUUUCUUUGUUUUUGUGGUUUGUGGAGCUAUUAGUUGUCAAGCCUUUGGUGGCUUAAAUCAGAGUAGUUAUGCCAAAGAAAGGAGGCAAAAAGAAUGGUGGAGGAAAGCAGAUGACAGAGGAGGAGAAACUUUUGUAUCAGCGGCAAAAAGCUCAGGAUGAAGAAGAAAGAGCCAAAAGGAAGGAAGACAUGCUUACUCAUUUUCUCAAGGACAAACUGCAAAAGGAAGAGCGGAACAGCAUAGUUAACCAGCAUAAGUUGACACAGCAGUGGCGUGCUGUCCUGCGCCAGACUCGAGCAGCAGAGCUUCGCAAUGAAAUAGCCAUAUUUAGCCAAACUUUUGAAAGGAUUGUGGAUCGUAAGGACAGUGUUAUCAAGUCACUGGUGUCUGAUCUGAAUGAAGCAAAGCAGCAGUCAGCACUGGCUCUCAGGUCUCAUCUACAGUGCAUGGAUCAACUGUUGGAGAUACAGAAAGUUCGACUGACAGAGCUAGAGUUACAGUGGAACAUAAGCCUUGAAGAGCUAAGCACUGAGUACAAUAUGGAAAGGGAAGUUUUGAUGCAUCACCAGAAGGAGAUGAAAUACUUGGAGGAUGUCAUGUUUGCCAUGGAGCAGCACUAUGCUGAAAUAGACAUUGAGGCUAAACAGGACUACCAGAGCACGCGCGACGACAUAAAAAAGAGGAACAUUGAGGACAAGCAUGCUCUGCGUGUUGAGCUGGAAGGAAAAGUGGAGGACCUGUGGCAGCAGUUUGAACAAGCAGAACAUAAUUACAAAGAAGCUACUGAGGACAGACACAUUGCUUUUGAUUCGCUCCAUGCCGCAGACAAGCGCAGUUCUCAGGAGAUAGACCUGGGAAUGAAACGUUUGCAAAAAAUGCAGGACUCCAUCAGUGCUUUGCGUUCUCGGCUGAGCUCCUGCCAGAAAGAAAGCGAAGCAUCUACACUUGACCUUCGGGUGGCACGUGAAGAAGUUGUACAGAAAACCCAACAACUCAAAGCUAAGAACAGUCUGGUGCAGGCGGCUUCGAGACAACAGCUUGCUAAACUUACUAUCCACAGCAAUAACACGAUUAAAAAACUACAGGACGUUAUAGGAAAGGGUGAAAAGUUGAUUUGUCUCACUGAAAUGUGUCGCAAGCUUGAGACAGAGCAAGAGAAGGUACUACCAUUCUACGAGUCAUCUUUAAGUGCUGAGGAAUUGAGUCAGGCGAGAGCACAUGCUAUGGAGGUACCACCCGAAGAGCUUGCACAGGCAAUGACAGACUACACCAUUCUGGAGCGGUUCUGGCAACGUUACAACAAGGUUCUGCUGGAACAUUUUUGCCUAGAACGGGAGAAGAUGGUUCUACAAAGGGAGAACCAGCAGCUGAGGUUUCUUCUCAAGCAGUACCUGGAUGGAAUGUCUGUCAGUGAUGAGGUCCUACAACAGCAUAACUCGCUGCUCGUGGUGUCCCGGCCGUCACUUCAAGCCUCUCCUGCUUCAGACUCACAAACACACAAACGACACACAGUCAUAGAGGCUGCUCAUGUGAUGCAGCACACACUGUAGUGAAGAUACAUGCACACUCACAUCACAGAAUCUUAUCAUUGAAAAUACUGAAUGCAUUUGGGGCAGCAUGAUGAUGUCAAAGAGCAACAUGGGUCCUGGGGAUGUGGGUUUGAUCAAUUCCAGUUAUUCUAUAAAAAACUUUAGUUUGUUCCCCUCAUCUCUUCUGGGUAUGGUUUUCUCCCACUUCCCAAAAACAUCCAGUAGGUAGGUUGAUUAGCUGCUUAAAAUUGCUCAAAGGUGUAAGUGAAUGUGUGAGUGUGGUAGAGUGGUUGUAUUAGAUCCACCGCACCAAAUAAAUGAUUAAUACAUUUGGAAUGACACUGUGACACAGCCGGCAGUGUUGGUGCUAUACAGAUCCAGACCCCUGGUAUCAAUCUUUGCCCCUGAUUACAAAUUUGUUAUGUUGUCCCUGUCUCUUUGGGGAAUUCACUGGAUACUCUGGUUUCCUCUCAUCUCCCAAUAACAUGUCUGCCUAGAGGCCCAUAUAGAUAUAAAUGUGAGUGAGUGUGUGAUGCCCUGAGAUGGAUAAGCUUCCUGUCCUGCAUUUAUGUCUUGUAUCCAGUGUUCCCAUUAAAGGCUUCACUAGGAUAGUAAAGUCUUACUAGGAUGGAUUCCUGAAGAUGAAUAUAUGAAUGGAUAUAUUUGAUAUAAUCCUGAAUAAGGCAACAUAAUUGAAUUCCAGUUCACAACAUUAUUAUUACUCUGGCUGCAAUCCAUUUACAUUCAUUAAAAAAAACUAAAAAUAAACCUUUUCUGCCUUUAUUUUUAAUAAAUUUAAAUAAAUUGAUGUCAAUUUAACACCAAUAAAAUACCUAAAACAACUCAAA